AUGUCUUGGAAAUCUCUGAGCCGCUUAUUAUCGGGAUUGAAAGGAGCAUAUAAUGAUAUAAAUCCGGCGACAUUAACUGGGGCUAUCGAUGUGAUUGUUGUUGAACAACAAGAUGGCUCUUUCACCUGUGGUCCAUUCCAUGUAAGGUUCGGGAAGUUAACGGCUUUUUCUCCAGCGGACAAAACCGUGGAAGUGUAUGUUAAUGGUGAGUACGUUGACUUCUUACGGAUGUGCCUGGGAAGUGCGGGUGACGCAUACUUCGUUAAUUCUUCGGGACCCGUGGCGGAUGAAUUUCUGAUAUCAGAUACAGUUGAUUGUCGGGGAUUCACGCUUGAUGAUUCAUGGUCGGAGCUGUCGAUGCGUCGUCGACCACGAAAGGUCCGUCGUGACUCAGCUAUGAGUGAACCUGGGACAGAGUCCAAUGUAAUGAACGAGAAUGUUGAUGAAACAUGUGAGAUAAACGAUUAUGACAUUUCUUCCGAUUGCGAAUCCCCAAACAGUUCAGUGAUAGGUUCAAUAAGGGAUCGAAAUGCUAUCGGUAAUAAAUCCGUCUCCGAUAGCCAGCUUGACGAGAGUUCGAAAGUUGCUGUUCGCCAAUACAGCUGGGAUUGGGAUUCUAGGAGUCUGACAAAGUCUCAGUCUUCUAGUAACAAUUCAGAUGCUUCAAAUACUGUUGAAAAUGCUCACAGGGAUUAUGGCACGACUCAAGGAUCUAAACAUGGGAACCAAAUGUGUGGUAAGGAGUUGUACUUGGAAGACCUAGUUACAGCAGAAGUCGAUCAGAAUAUUAAAGAAGCCUACAUUUAUCCUCCAUCUCACGGAAGUGUAUCUCAUCAAAGUCAUAGCUAUGGGCCAAGCAAUGCUACCGAUAGUGGAUAUAUUGACCAUGGUUAUCGAUCAGAUAAUGAGCAUUCUCCAAGGAGUAUGUCACCUAUCAGUCCUCAGAUUGUUAGUUUUAAACUCUCACUUUGUGGUGGCUUGUCUCCAGAAAACGUCUGCUCUGAAGAGAAGUUUUUGGAGCACAUAGUCUCCUACGAGGAAUUUAUACAUAAUCCCAGCGCUAUCCUAUCUAACCCCAACCUGGUUGUAUAUUUCAAUGGACGUUAUUGCAACUGGCAGGUUGCUGCUCCUUCUAUUGUCAGUGUGCUUGCAUUUCAAACACACCUACCUUAUCUAACACUACAACGAUUAGAAAGCCAGUAUUUGCCUAAGAAACAGCCUAGGCGUACGUCGUGGUUCUGCUGGGGUGCAAGUCAUCUACAAACUGCAGCUACAGAGCCAGAACCUAUUCUACAACCUAAAAAGGAGAAGGAUAAACCAUAUAGUUCCAACUACAGCUGUUCAGAACCCAUACAGGAAAGUAGCAAUCAACCAAUGACCGGAGUUAACAGGCUUUCUUCUAAUGAAGUGGCAAGAUUGAAACUCAAACCUGGUCGGAACGACAUAGAGUUUCGCGCUGAACUACAGGACAUCUUUUCAACAGAAAGUUGUUUUGAGCAAGCAGCAGCACAUCUACCUCAACUAGUUAAUUCUCUGGACCCGAAUGUGCUACUUUACUUCUAUGCUAGGUACAAGCAGGCUACUGCUGGUCCAUGCAAUGUACCGAAGCCGGGAAUCUUUGAUAUAAAUGGUCGUAAAAAGUGGUCGGCAUGGCAUGAUCUAGGUAACAUGUCUGCUGAGGAAGCGCAAAAACAAUAUGUUGAUAAGCUACAAGAAGUAGAUCCUACUUGGAAACCAUCGGAUAAAAAACAAAGAUCUGUCUAUGUUAGUCGAAUGGUUAAUUUAGAUCCCAACUCAGAUGAUCCACCAAUAACAUCUAGCAGUGAUCAGUCAAUCUUUAAUAUUAUCAAACAACGUGAUGUUGAAGCUUUAAAAUGUCUUUUAUCAUCUAAAUGUUAUAUGGUUCAUGAAACAGAUAAAGAUGGAAUGACUCCUCUUCAUUGGGCAGCUGAUCGAGGAUUCUGUGAUGUAGUUUCCACAUUAAUCGCGUAUAAUGCCAGUGUAAAUGUCAAGGAUUCAGAAGGACAAACUCCUCUUCAUUAUGCUUGUUCUUGUGGUCAUGAUGAAGUUGUUAGAAUUCUACUGAAAUUUGGGGCUGAUAUCUAUGCUAAGGAUAAUGAAGGGAAUUGCGCUUGCGAUAUGUAUGAAGGUGAUUUUCAUACAUUAUUCCUUGAUCAUCUACACUUGUCAAAGUCUUAA